AAACUUGGGUCUGAUUGACGUGUCUGUUCAACUCAUCCAGUUGCUUCAGAAAUUAAAAACUGACUUGGAGUCAUUAUUGACAGCCUUUCGUUGUAGUCUCCAGUUUCUUGGAAACAUUGCAACAGGAAACAGAGAAUCCCAGAAUAAUAUUUGGAAGCUGGCUUUCCCUUCACUAUUCUUGAAUUGCAUAAAUCACCAGGAUGAGAAAAUAAAUGGUUAUUGCUGUAUGGUUCUUUUCACUUGCCUUAACACUGAGAAGACGAAAGAAUUAUGUGAAGAAAGCAAUUUGAACAUUGCCCUUGCUGUUCUGCGAGCCUACAGAAGAUGUCCAGAAUCAGAAUGGGUGUUCUUGAUUGUUACCAACCAUUUGCUGAAGUGCCCGGAGUUGGUCAAAGCCAUGUAUGCCAAACUGAGCAAUCAAGAAAGAACUACAUUGUUAGAACUAUUAUUGUCAGAAAUUUUGGGGGGAAACCUGGCUGUCAAUGAUGAAAUGGCCACAUUUCUUGCAAGUGGUUUUCAGGAGAAGUGUCAAGCUGUGCUAAAAUUGACUUCCACAGCAAAUCAUGAAGAUGAGGAAGCACUAGUGGUGGUUCGACUUCUUGAUGUUCUUUGUGAAAUGACAUCAAACACUGCACAACUGGAAUGUUUGCAAUCGUGCCCUGGUUUACUUGAAGAGGCUGUUGCUAUUUUGCGACUGACACAUGUUUCUGGGAAGCAGACAACAAAUGUCUUCACAGCAAUUCAUUCUGGAACAGGGCAGGAGGAAAUAUCUCACCCAGUUAUUGGCUUCAAAUCUCACCUAAUCCGUUUGAUAGGAAAUUUAUGUUACAAGAAUAAGACUAACCAAGACAAGGUUUAUGAACUAGAUGGCAUCCCACUGAUCUUGGAUAAUUGCAGCAUUGAUGAUAAUAAUCCUUUUAUAAGCCAAUGGGCAGUGUAUGCAAUACACAAUCUUACUGAACAAAAUGAAAGAAAUCAAGAGCUCAUUGCACAAAUGGAGCAGCAGGGCCUGGCUGACAAUUCUGUUCUUGAAAGCAUGGGAUUGAAAGUUGAACAGCAAGACACAAAACUAAUUUUGAAAUCUGUCAGAAAGAUGCCAAAUGUAUAAGUGGCAGAUUUUCUCUUGCUAUAAAGAAAAUGUGCGUUUUCUGUAAAAUUGGAUUAGUUCAGUAUAAAAAAGCCUGUCAGCCAGUCUUUCAGAUUUUUUUUUAAUUCCAGAAUGUUGUCUGAGAAUUAUAUCCAACUGAUAUAAUUUCCCUGGCUCCAGAAGAUGUUUCCACCAGUAAAACAAGCAUGGAAGCAAAGCCCCUUGCCAUUCCCUCCCUGCUUUUCCAGAUUUCCUUGAGCAGUUUGGCAAGCAUUUCAACACAGAGCAGGAAGUGGUGUGAGGGCUUCUGGGAGAAGCAGAAAUCACUGAAGGCAUUCUCUCUCCAUCUUCUGCUGACAGAAGUCUUCCCAAAGGCAAAGAGCACUUGGUCAACAAAGUGACAACAGUUGGAUAUAACCCCAGAAAAAAUUAUCCUUUAACUCUUGCUAGGUUGACUGUACAAGUGAAUUGCAAAUUCACAGUU